AUGAGCGCACCCACCGACUCGGACGCAGGGACUCGAGACGACCAGACGGGACGCGGGAAGGUCGAGGUGGGGAACUCGUCCCAGGCGCAGAUGGGCUCGACGAGCGCAGACGGAGCGACGAGCGAGGCUGAACUUGUCAAGAGGCUCGAUGCGGCGUUGAGUCUGCGAGCGAACGGGGCGACGCCGACGCAGGGAGGGAGGCCAGCGGCCCUGAGCGUCGCCAUCCCCUCGCCGCCACUCGUCUCGACCGCAACGACCGGCGGACGCUCGGCCUCUGCGCUGGGUAACCACCCGCCUCGUCCGGGCUUGCACAGCGUCCACAGCUCGUUCGCGACGACGUAUUCGUCGAGGUCGCCGGCGAGUCGGUCGACGAGCAACACGAGCAUCCACGAAUCGGUUGGGAGCGCGCCCUACGUCUCUGAGACGACCUCUGCGAGCUACCUCUCUGGCGCAUACGGUAGCCACCAAGCGCCACAGCAUCCCGCGCAAGGCUACCCGUACGCAACGCCUCACGUCCACUUUGCGCACUCGCGCCAAGUCUCGUCGCAGGCGUCGUCGGGCGCACGGUCGCCUUCCGCCUCCUCGUCGUCGGAUAUGGUCUUCCAUGGCCACCACGGGAUGUCGGCGCCACAAGGCUUCCCUCCCCCAUCGGCACAAGCGGCGUUCUACGCGCAAUACGCGCCCCAACAGCCUGCAACGCAACCGAUUUACCACCAGCUGGUCUACCCUCAAGCAUCGGCCGUGCCGUACACGACCUACUCGCCCGCCGCUCCCGCUCCCCAGAUCACCUACUGCACCGUCCCUUCCCCCGCACCGGCUCCGUACGCGCCUUACUACGCCAGUACUGCGCCCGUGCCAGUUCCGACGCAGCUACUGGUCAACCACGAAGGGAACGUCGUUUACGACCACGAUGGGAAUCCAGUCGCCUACCCUCCUGCCCCGCCUCCGCCUCCGCACCAAGCCCAGUCUCAGCAGCCGUACUUCCAGCCCGUCUACGUGUAUCCCCAACAACCGCCGCAAGGCGCCGUGUAUCCUUCUCCGCCCCCGCCUCAGCCUUCGCAGGCAGCGCCCUAUCAACCCGUGUACUUUUCCUCGCCCUUCCACGCCGCCCAACUCCAGCAGCAACGCGCGCCUCCCCCGCCUGCACCAGCGCAAAGACCCUCGCCCGACCCAGGAGAAAGCGAGAUCGCCUAUCCCAUCUCCGCACGCUCAAGUAUUUCCUCCCCCCUCUCAACCGGCCUUCCCUCCUCGUUCGGCUUUCCCUCACCCGCUCCUCCAGCGCCCUACCCUCUUUCUCCUCCGUCUCGUCGCGCAUCCUUCGCUGGUUCGUCGCCAAGUAUGCACCUCAUCUCCCCCUCGUCGCAUUUCUCGCCCGUCUUUUCGGCCGCUGGAGCGAGUCAGGUCUCGCCUGGCGCGCCAAGACGAGGAGAAGCGUACGGCGGACGGAAAGACCUCCCUCGACCACCCGCUCAUUCCCCUCAUGCACUCUGGGUCGGCAACGUACCCUCGGACGCCUCACACGCCGAGCUCUGGCAAUUCUUCCAGACCCGUCCAACCCCUCGCGAGUGCGGGAUCACGAUCAGUCCGAACGAGGCGGGACUCGAGUUGGACAGUACGGGCGUCGAGUCGAUUCAUCUGAUUACGAGGUCGAACUGCGCCUUUGUCAACUACGUCUCGAACUUGCACCUCCACCACGCCAUCGCCGUCACGAACGGGACCUCUCUCCGCUCGGACGACCCACGGUGCAAGCCGCUCGUCUGCCGCGUGCGCAAACACGAAGACGAUGCGAAAUCCGGCGUUGGGGCUCAGAGGAUGGGCGGGAUGCAUAGGGCUUUCGUCAGGGAACAGCAGGUCAGGAUGGCGGAACGGCAGAGGGAGAUUGCGCGCUCGGAGACGGAGGAGGUCGAGGGGGUCAAGGGCAGGAGGAUGAGUGCUGGAGCGUCGAGUAUUGGCUCGACUAGUACGACGAGCACUUUCCUCGCCAAGCACUUUGAGCGAAGGUAUUUCAUCCUCAAGAGCCAUGACGAGGCGGACUUGCGCAAGUCGGUCGAGACGGGCGUCUGGGCUACGCAGCCGCACAAUGAGCCGGUCUUGCAACAGGCCUUCCGCACGGCUCGCAGCGUCUACCUCAUCUUCAGCGCAAACGGCUCGGGCUGCUGGUUCGGUUACGCACGCCUCUCAGGUCCAGUUGGCGGCGCAGGCGGCUCGUCGUCUCGCUCGUCCCGGUUCUCGUUCACCUCGUCUGCGGGCGAAAAGUCGGCCGACUUGCGCAAGUCGCAGCGCUCGGCGACGAUCCUCGAAGAGACGGACGAGACCGCCUCUGCGCCUGCCGCGACGCAUCUCUUCUCGCCUUCCGAACACCGCUGGGCGGACCAGUCUCCGCCCGUCAUCACCCCCUCAUCCGCCGUGAUCCUCGAUUCGUCCACCACCACGCCCGUCCAAGGAGGCUCGCUCGCCGUUCCUGUCAAAGCAGGCGGCGCGGAGGGUAACUCUGCGCCUGCCUCGCUCGCGGUUGCUGUGCCCGAUUCGGCGCAACGGGCCAUGUCCCGCUCGCAGGACCUCAUGGCGCUCGAGACGGCCGAGAACCUCCAUCUCCCGCCGGACGUCGCGGCGCAAGCCAAGCAGCGUCGAGCAGCUAGUUUCGAUGUCGCCCCUACAAAGGUUGGGGACGUCCAGCGUCCGACGGCCAAGGAGGAGGCGGAGAGCCCGACGAAGGGAAUCUUUGCGGCUGCGGCGGAGGCGAGGAACGCCAAGCUGGAAAAGAUGGAGGCGGCUAUCGACGAGAGCCGGAAGAGCAACGGCAGCUCGGGGACGAUUGGUGCGCCGGCUGCUGGUGACGAGAAGAGCGCGGGCGACAAUCGGCACAGCUCCUGGGGAACGCCCUUCGCCGUUGACUGGAUUGCUGUCAAGAAGCUUCCGUUCUCUCGCUCGCGCCACAUUCGCAACUCGUUCAACGGAAACCGAGAAGUCAAAAUCUCGCGCGAUGGCACCGAACUCGAGCCUACUGCGGGCGAGCUGCUCCUCAACGAGUUCUGGCGGUCGGACGAGGUCGCGCCUCCCUCUUCGGCGGGAGAGAAGGUUGAAGUCCCGCUGCGACCAGCGAGUCCUCAGCCUCUCUACCCCGGUGCGGGCACGUCCGCUUUGCGGAAGCAGGACGACGAGGGAACGACGCCGCGACAGGUGAGUGGCAUGGUCGCGGCGGGAAGCGGGAGUGCAAGUGGAAGUGAGCGGUGA